CACAGGAUCAGUUCAAGAAAGAGUUGAUGGUUCCUGUCCCUUCCUUAUUAUUAGGGAAGGGGCAGCAACUGAAUUGGUAACCUCAUCUCUCUUCUACCUGUAUUUGAAAUCUCAUCUUGCUUUGUGGAGGAGUCAGGAUGGGGAAAGCUAUCAGAUACUGUUGGUUUUGCCUUCCUCACUUUAUUUUCUCUGCUCCACAGGCCCUGACCUAGUGAAAGAGUUGCCCAGCUUCUUGGUGAGCCCUACCUUUUGUGGAGAAUAAAGAUCUCUAGUCUGACGCUCGUCCCUAUUGACUUACUACUGGCAACCUCAGGGAUAGGCUUUGGAAAUCGACUUGUCUUCACUCUAUCCUCGUAUUUUAUUCUCAUGGAUACACGGAGUGAUUAUCUUCUUUCUGCUUUUCUGUUCUUACUUCAUAUAAGGACUCAGUAACAGACCCUUGUCUGAAAUGCCAUGUCUUUAUUUUAAAACAUCUUUUAAACAAACAUAUCUUCCUUCUUUACUAUAGCAGACAAUGCUUGCUGAAGAUAAUUAUGUACCGUUUUGGAAUCUUUAAGGAUUUCACAUAUUGCUUCCAAAAAAACCUCUGUGUGUGAUAAUCCUCACAGAAGAAAUAUCUACCUUGUGAAUGGCUUUUGGUGUUUUGAGAACAAAUUAUUGACUCCUGAAUUAGUGACAAAAAUAAAAAGAAAUGUCGCCUCUUGGAAUUUUCAUUUUUAAUGCCACAUCUUGCUGGGCAGCAGAGGGCCUACACAACAUCUUUCUAUGUCAGUGUGAAAAAGAAAGGCUGCCACUGCUAGAUUUGAGCUUCCUAAAUGGGACUUGCCACCAGAAGUUCUUCUCUAGCUUCAUCCCUAAACUAAUGGCUGAUCAAGUGCUUGUGAUUGGCAGUGGAGGGAGAGAGCAUGCGCUGGCCUGGAAGUUGGCCCAGUCUCCACAUGUAAAGCAUGUGUUUGUUGCUCCAGGAAAUGCAGGAACAGCUGAUAAUGGAAAAAUUUCCAACUCAGCUGUUUCAGUCAGCAAUCAUGCUGCACUUGCCCAGUUCUGCAGAGAUCAGGAGAUCAGACUGGUCGUGGUUGGUCCAGAGGUUCCUCUUGCUGCUGGAAUUGUUGAUGACUUGACAGCAGCUGGAGUAAGGUGUUUUGGUCCAACAUCAAAGGCAGCUCAGCUGGAGUCCAGUAAGAGCUUUACCAAAGCCUUUUUGGAUCGUCAUGAGAUCCCAACUGCAAGAUGGAAAUCUUUUACUGAUCCUAAAGCAGCAUGUAGCUUUAUUAACAGUGCAAACUUCCCUGCUUUAGUUGUAAAGGCUAGUGGCCUGGCAGCUGGCAAAGGAGUAGUUGUGGCUUCAAACAAGGAAGAAGCCUGCAAAGCUGUUACUGAAAUCAUGCAGGAUAAGACUUUUGGCACAGCUGGGGAAACUGUUGUUGUUGAAGAACUUCUUGAAGGAGAAGAAAUUUCUUGCUUAUGUUUCACUGAUGGCAUCACAAUUGCUCCCAUGCCUCCAGCCCAGGACCACAAGCGAUUAAUGGAUGGAGAUGAAGGCCCUAACACUGGAGGAAUGGGAGCUUAUUCCCCAGCACCUCAGAUUUCUAAAGAUUUACUGCAGAAAAUAAGAGAUACUAUUCUUCAGAAAACUGUUGAUGGCAUGAGGAAAGAAGGCGUCCCCUAUUUUGGUGUGCUUUAUGCUGGAUUAAUGCUUACCAAAGAUGGACCUAAAGUUCUUGAGUUUAACUGUAGAUUUGGUGACCCAGAAUGUCAGGUAAUUCUUCCACUGCUGAAAAGUGAUUUGUAUGAAGUUAUGCAAGCGGUUAUCAAUAAAAAGUUGUCUAGUUCCAUGCCAGUUUGGUCUGAAGACAGUGCAGCUGUGACAGUGGUCAUGGCUAGUGAAGGGUAUCCAGGAAUAUAUCCCAAGGGUCUGGAAAUAACAGGACUUCCUAAGGCUAAGCAACUAGGAUUGGAGGUGUUCCAUGCAGGCACAGCCCUGAAGGAUGGCAAAGUGGUCACUAGUGGAGGAAGAGUCCUUACAGUAACUGCUAUUAAAGAGGAUCUAAUGACAGCACUGCAAGAGGCCAACAAGGGAGUAGCAGCCAUACACUUCAAGGGUGCCAUUUAUAGAAAGGACAUUGGUUAUCGGGCUAUAGCUUUCCUGAGACAAUCCAGAGGCCUGACUUACAAAAACAGUGGGGUAGACAUUGCAGCAGGCAAUACUUUGGUUCAGAAAAUUAAACCUCUAGCUGCAGCCACAUCAAGGUCAGGCUGCAAUGCAGAACUUGGAGGAUUUGCUGGCCUCUUUGAUUUGAAAGCAGCUGGUUAUGAAGAUCCUAUCUUGGUAUCUGGAACUGAUGGUGUUGGCACAAAACUCAAGAUUGCGCAAGUGUGUAAGAAACACGACACCAUAGGUCAGGACCUGGUUGCCAUGUGUGUCAAUGACAUCUUGGCUCAAGGAGCGGAGCCCCUCUUCUUCCUUGACUAUUUUGCCUGUGGCAAACUUGACGUUGAAGUGGCUCAGGGUGUCAUUGCAGGAAUAGCUGAAGCUUGCAAAAAAGCAGGAUGUGCUCUUCUGGGAGGAGAAACUGCUGAAAUGCCAGGCAUGUAUCCACCUGGAGAGUAUGAUCUGGCUGGCUUUGCUGUGGGUGCAGUGGAGCGAGGGCAGAUGCUGCCCCAGCUGGAGAGAAUUGCUGAUGGAGACGUGGUUAUUGGUGUAGGUUCUUCUGGUGUUCACAGCAACGGGUACAGCCUUGUAAGGAAGAUUGUGGAAAAGUCUUCAUUCGAUUUCUCUUCUCCAGUUGGUGUCUCUGGUGAUCAGACAUUAGGAGAUCUCUUGUUAACGCCAACUAAAAUCUACAGUAAGACUCUGUUGCCCGUCCUUCGCUCAGGCCAUGUGAAAGCCUACGCCCACAUCACUGGAGGGGGCUUGCUGGAAAACAUCCCCAGAGUUCUCCCAGAGUCUUUUGGUGUCAUUUUAGAUGCUCUUACCUGGAAGAUUCCUGAGAUCUUUUGCUGGCUCCAUAAAGAAGGGAACCUCUCUGAGGAGGAAAUGACUCGGACAUUUAAUUGUGGGAUUGGUGCUGUCUUGGUAGUUCAGAAGGAGCUGGCUCAGCAGGUCCUCAAGGACGUACAGAGACACGAGGCAGCUUGGCUGAUCGGGAAAGUUGUGUCCCUACAAAAAGGCUCUGCCCAUGUUAAAGUCCAUAAUCUGCUUCGGGCCUUGCAAGCAAAUAGAUCACUGUCUGUGCAUAGCCAUAUUCAAGGCAAAAUCCAGACAAAGAAAGUGAAGGUUGCAGUCCUUAUCUCUGGAACAGGCACAAACCUGGAAGCCCUCAUAAAUAGCACAAAGAAGCCCACCAGUUUUGCACAAAUAGUUCUUGUCGUUUCUAACAAAGCUGGUGUGGAGGGGUUAAGGAAAGCUGAAAGAGCUGGUAUUCCUACAAGGGUUAUUGACCAUAAAUUGUAUGACAGUCGCACUGACUUUGACAGUGCAGUUGACAAAGUCCUUGAAGAAUUCUCAGUUGAACUGAUAUGUCUGGCUGGAUUUAUGCGAAUACUGUCAGGUCCUUUUGUCAAAAAAUGGGAAGGAAAAAUACUGAACAUCCACCCAUCUCUACUGCCUUCUUUUAAGGGAGCAAAUGCCCACAAAUUGGUGUUACAAGCUGGAGUCCGGGUCACAGGCUGUACUGUACACUUUGUGGCUGAGGAAGUUGAUGCCGGAGCAAUUAUUUUCCAAGAGGCCGUUCCAGUGAAGAUCGGUGACACGGUGGAGACCCUGUCCGAAAGGGUGAAGGAGGCCGAGCACCGAGCCUUCCCAGCUGCCCUGCAGCUUGUCGCCAGCGGGGCUGUACAGGUGGGGGAAGCUGGCAAGAUCUACUGGAAGUAGGAGCAGCGUGUCUACGAACAUCCUCAGAUGGGACAGCUGGGGUGCCUUAAUUGAUCAAAACAGGGGUCACAGCCUCAUAACACGCACACUGUAUUCUCUUCACAAAGUGUUUUCAAUGUAGAGUUUACUAUGUCAUGUUCUCACUCAAAUCGUUAAAAGAUUAAAUGUCAAAUCCAGAGAAAGCCACUAAAUGGGAAUAUUGAGGCAGGGGGCUGUUCUCAGUAGUUUCAGCAAUGCCUCUGUUACAUGCUUCCUAAUUUUAAUCACUUCCUUGGCCAACAUUUUGGUUCUCAGUCACUUUCUUAACAAACAAAAAACAUUCCGUUGGUUACACAGAGAUCUGAGCAUCUCUGAGAUUGGCUUAGGAACAUCAGGAUUACUCUCUAACAGACCAUACAGGGUGUAACAGGAUUCUCUUGACAUGUGCUGUGAAGUGUUUGUGAAGAAAAGUAAUAGAACUAGUACAAUGGCAGAGACUGCUAAAGGCAAAAACUUUACUUGUAAAAAUCUCUAGCUGAAACAAGAAAAACUGGCCUCCCAAAAUACUAGCUAUUCCUGCAGAUAAUGAAGCAGAUUUUUUUCCAUAUAAUUUCUGGUUUAAUAUUGGUAGGUUUUGUCCGGUGCAGAUUCUGGACAUAUCCCAUAAUUUCAAUUAUUGGGCCUGCUAUUAAUCAGAUGCUAAAUAGAAUUAAAUGUCUGCUGACCAUCUGCCUCUGAGCAUCCCAUGUGAAUUCCCCUCAGAGAUUUGUUCAGAGCUGAAAGAGUUGGGUUAGGUUUUUUUGAAGGAGCAGAAAGGGAGUUAGGACUAGAUACAAAAUGUGUUCUUGGCUUGUGAGACGUUCUUCAGAAAUUCUGUUGAAGUUAAGUGCCUUUAUUCUUGGAAUGGUAUUUUUACCUGCAAUAAUGCGGAAACCCAGUAAAUGUUAUCGUUCUGAAAACAAUAAGGUUUUUUGCACAGCUCAACUCUUGUGAAAAAGCACCUGGUCUUCUUUUAAUAUUUUAGUAGAGUUGUGAAAACAUUUUGAUAUUUACUAAAAUAAUCUAUUUUCUCCCAUGCAAACCAGAAGUAUCUGACUGAAGCUGAUUAUUUAUAUUUUAGAGCUCCCCUUUAAUACAGAGAAAGCUGAUUUGUAUUCUGUGCACCGAUGUCCUUAUGGUACUUCCAUGUUGACGUAAUCUCAAUUUGGAUUUGAAAUAAAGUCUAAUGAAGU